AUGAGCGUGACUGGCCAAGCCAAGCGCCCGGCGCGGGAAUCCCGCUACUACGUCGACGUUCAACAUAAAGUUCAACUUUCGUCGACUCACCAUAAGUACUGCUACGACGAGGUUCUGGGGCGAGCUCGAGUCGGUGGCAGAGCAUUCGCCAUCCCACUUCUCUCUCACCACAUCGAACAUUUCCUAAAGGAAAAAUGCCCCGAAUAUUACUGUACUGCACCAGUGGCGGGGUUCUACGGUCCUCAAAUUCUCAGGUUGGAGAAGCACUGGCAUUGUAGAAGGCAAAUCAUGGAUUUCGUGAUUUCGAGGGCUCGGGGAAACCAUAGCAAAGUAGACGAGUAUCAGCAACAGCUCAGUUUGCGGAAGGAUCGGACAUCAAGGAGCGAUGGCAAUGCGUACAGAAAGCGAGACAACAACGAAAGCGAAAAGCGAAAAUGA